UUAAAAGAUGGCUAGAAAUGCAGAAAAAGCAAAAGCAAUGCUUUCAAGAUGGUACAGAUUGAAAAGGGAUAUACGUAAUACUACAGAUGGAAAAUAUAAGUCAAUUCCAAAAGUGUCAGAAUGUGUUAAUCUUUAAGAAUGUGAAUUAGAAAGAUAGGAAGUCUUAAAAGUAGUAUCAAAAUUGGUGUCAGAUAUUUAAAAUGCAGGUUUAGGAGAACAUAGAAUAAGAGAAUUAAAUGAUGAAAUUAAUAAAGUGAUAUAAGAAUUAAGAUAAUGGGAAGAUAGAAUUAAAGAAUUAGGAGGACCUGAUUAUAGAAGAUUAAGUGCUAAGAUAUAUGAUACUCAAGGAAUUGAAUUAAUAGGCAAAGAAGGAUAUAGAUAUUUUGGAGCUGCAAAAGAUUUACCUGGAGUUCGUGAACUAUUUUUCUCAGAACCACCUGCAGAACCUAAAAAAUCAAGAACUGAACUUUAUAAGGUAUUCUUUUUCAUUUUAAACAUUUUUUAGAAUAUUUCAUAUAAUUAUUAUGGAAGUUAGAAUUAAGAAUUAUUAGAAAUUCUCGAAGAAGAAAGAGAAUUAGAAAGGAAAGCUUAAGAAUAAGAGUUAUAAAGAUUUAUUCAAGAUAAUCAAGAAUUAGUUAAAGAUUUCAAUACCAAAGAAGAAAUUAUGCAUUUUAUCAAAUUUGAAAUUGAUAAAAGAGAUGAUGUAUUAAAGAGAAUGGAAGAAGAAAAAUGUAAUAUUACUAUUUUCUAAUUAAUUUAGAAUAACAUUCAGAUUCUGAAGAAUAUGAAUAAGAUUAAUUAGAACAAAGAAAAUAGGAAUUGAUAAAAUAAUAUUAUGCACCUGAAAAAAUUCAUUCAUAAUAUGUUACUACAGUUGAAAAAGAUGCUGAUCUUGAGUCUUUUAUUAGAGGUAAUAUGAUAAAAUGA